UUACCGUCAUUUUUAACAAAAAGUACAGUCAAUCAAUAUUAGCGCUGAAGUUGUGUACUAAACAUACCUCCAUGCUUAAUUCUGGAAAGAUUUUAUUUUGAAAGGAACGAUUCUUUACGUCACAUCCGGUUGAUGUCGAAUUCUCACAACAUCCAGCUAGAGCUGCGAGUCAAAGCUAACGCUAGCUACUUCUAUUGUUAAUACAUUUUAACAACACAAACGGAGGGAAAACAUGUCAGAUACGGAGACAAAACCAUCCAGCCAAGACGGGGGGGACAAGAAGGAUGGAGAGUACAUCAAAUUAAAAGUGAUUGGUCAGGACAGCAGCGAAAUCCACUUUAAGGUCAAAAUGACGACACAUCUGAAGAAGCUGAAGGAGUCUUACAGCCAGAGACAGGGUGUUCCAGCAAGCACGCUAAGGUUUCUGUUCGAAGGACAGAGAAUCGCAGACAACCAAACUCCAAAAGAGCUCGGGAUGGAGGACGAGGACGUAAUCGAGGUUUAUCAAGAACAGACUGGCGGACUUUGGAAAGAUUAAACCCCCUGCGUUUCUAAACCUUUUAUUUUUUUCCUAUUUUGUAUUUUAAUUUGUAUGUAUGUAUUUUUGAUCAGUUUCAAACCAUCUGGAUCAAAAGCGACUCUUAUCAGGGCCUCCACGUGUGAGGGCAGGAAGGUGAACAGACUGAGGUGAGGAUGAGGAAAGUGCAGGGACGCUCGUGUUGUUGACUCGUAACAACUCGAGUGUUACGACCAAAUUCACGAAGACGAACAUUUAGGUUUUGCUUUGUUGUCCCAUCUUUUUGCAAACGAUGCCAUCAAAGAACAUAAAGGAAUAGUUCAGCCAAAAAGGAAAAUGUUGUCAUCAUCAAAUGAAACGUAUUUCAGCGUGAAGUUAUCGCGAUACAAUAACGCAGCGAGUGUGCAGCUCACGUUCUCCAUAGAGCUCCAACACGACCCGAACAAACGGCUUUAUACUUAAAAACAGAAGUUCUUCAGUUCCAGGGGAGCAGAUUCACGAUUCCUUUAGAUGUUUGACGAGCAGAUUUAAAAGCACCGGCUUCAUCGUCUGUCCCUCGUACAGGACGUUGGAAAGCAAGUUUGCACUUUGCUGAGCAGUUUGACAGAUGCAGCUCGCUCCACAGAUCUUCUGUGCAUCCAGGGUUCACGCUGUGCCGUCAUCAUGGGAAGGAGUUUGUCAGCUCUCUGUACAUUUGAUUAAUUUUCCAUUUUAGAAGAACUAUUCCCAUCAUGAAAUUGAAACAUAAUUGAUGCUGUAACAUUUAAACAUUUUACAAUGAUUGUGCUUUACUUGUAUAUGUUGUAUUUAGUGUUGGUGUUUGAAUGAUAUGCCACAUGUAUCUCUCGUGUCGUCUUUAUUUAUAUUUGAGGGAUUCAUUCCGUAAUAUAUAAAUAUUUACCCGAUAUGGAAACAUUUUGCUCGCUGGCCGCCGCGCCGUGUUCUACUCGGUUGAUUCUGCGGCGUCAGCGCUGGUUUUUAAAGCUUUUCUUCCCGUUUGUGGAAUGAAACUGGAUCUGUGUGACGUUCCUCGAGAAGGUUGGGAUCCUCAGCAGCAGUGAGGAGAACUGAAGGAUGCAAUAACCAACCAAUCACAGAACAUGUCGUCUGGUUUCACGCUUCAGAGUCCAGCUGUGGUUUGACCACCGACACGUUCAGAAGCAUGUCAGCUGUCACUCCUGCCGAACAUUAUGUUCUUCAGCAUCCGUUAGCGUGGGAGUAAACGACCCAGAGGUGUCCUUCAAAGUUGUCCUGUUCACGUGUGUUAGUGAACAGCUCAGGUGAACUCAACCCCCCCCAGGCAGGAAGGGCUGUGAGCCAUAGGCGUGACCUCAGUGAGGCGAAGGGACUGUUCAUUAGAGGAACAUUGAUACAGAUGGUUUGAAAUUCUGGAGAUGAGCUUUUUGUUUUUUUUGAAUAAAAUAUUUAAGAAAACACUG